AUGUGCAUCUUCUGGUCUCUUUUCACACUGACCUUCUUAUGUGGUUGUGUCCUUACGUCACAAACCACUUUGAAUGUUACUGUCAACCAGAAUCCAGACUGUAAUCUGGGAGAUAAAUGUAAAACAUAUAAUGUUAUGUACAUCAAUGCUCGAAAUACUACAUCUUCUGUACAUAUAUUUAUCACAGCGUCAAGACGUUUUACCUUUCCAUCAGUUUUAAUUGUCCACAGUUCUCUAUCUGAGGCAAAUCCAAAAAUUGAAUGGGAAAAAUUGGAUGAAACUUCUGGAGAGAGAUUAAGCAUAAAAAAUGUGACUCAAUCAUAUGCCUUAGUAUUUUAUAAGAUGCUUGAAUACAAUGAUCUGUCUGAUAGUGUUAAUAUGUCUGCAUAUAAGAAUGAUUCUGAUCAAAUAUUAUUUCACCCACUGAAUGAAUAUACCUGGGACUUUAACACCUUAACUACCGUUAAUAGUUUAUAUGAAAUUACAUAUAAUGGAAGUAAUAGUAAAAUGAAUCCAAAUGGUGGACAAAUUAAUCUGAAAUUUCGUAUAAGUACUACAACAGAACGAAGUGAUAAAAUGCCACAUUUAUUAUUCCUGCCUGGUUUAAUUGUACAAUACGAUGUUGUCUUCAAUAAUCUCACAACUCACUUCAAUCAAAGUCGUUUCAGUCUACAGUUAGUUAUGAUAUCAAGUGUAGCUUUAGAGAAAACAGAAGAAUUUCGUAGACACACAUUGUCUAGUAUUGAUGAUGAAGUGACACCGGGAAAUUUUGAGACGAUUAAUUUACUAUUGAAUGAACCAGUUUCACGAUUGAAUACAACUAUGCAUUCUACUCAACCGAAGGUGAAGCCUACUCAACGCCCAAUUCAUCAUCAUCAUCCACCAGCUUUUAUUCAAACAAAGCCAUUAUGCUUUAUUGAUGAUGAACUAAGAACAGUACAGAAUAGUCGUAAUAUUUAUUUAGCUAAACACCAAGAUAAUUUAAUGACAGGUGAUAUAUCAAAUCUUAGUAAUGCAUUUCCAUCCGCAUUCUAUGCUGAUCGUCUGCGUCCGGAUAGUAAGCUAUCACCUGUUGGUAUUCGUAUGUUAAAUAUCUCAUUUGGUUCACCAAUGGAUGGAUUUUAUGCUAAUUCGAAGUAUAUUGUUUGGACUGCCUCAUUUGGAUUAGGCGAUGCACCAACGGAUAGUCUGUCUUCUCUACUCAUUGGUUUAAUUAUCUUUUCAACAGUAAUUGUUUUAUGCUCAGUUAUUAUUGGCAGUGUUCUCACAGUUGUUAUGCGUCGACGUGUUAGAAGACCAAACAAUUUUAGCCAAUUUGUCAAUGAUCCUGUGGCAUAG